AGCGUCGAUCUACACUGGGGGGCUUAACAUGGGUAGUUUACGUUAUUAACUACUGUAUGUGUAAGAAAUGAAACAAAAAUAUUUAUUCUUAGGCUAUCGUUUUUAAUUCGGAUUUUCUAACACAUCCGUUGGUGCUUUUCAGCUCUUUUCAAGACCGAAUUUUUGAGUCUCUGGUAGUUAAUUAUACCGUUUUGUUAUUCGUUAUUUUGGUUGUGAUGCCUAGCUUGUUAGCUUUGCGUCAAACCAGCUGUAGCAACUCUGUUGGAAUCUGUACAUUUAUUGGACGACUAGGGCCGGGGGGACACGUUUUACCAAGUUGAUUACAUCAGGCUCUCUUUUUAAAGCCAGGCGUGUUUGUUAGAAUAUAUUUAUGCUGUUUUUCGUACUGUGACUCGGCUGUAACCGAAUGUGUGGUAGAAGUAGCUACAGCUAGCAGGAGGUUAGCUUGUCACCAGCAAUGGGCUGUAAAAGAGGGUUAAAGACUGCGAAAAGGCUUUAUUUUGUGGCCAUUCUACUCAUAGUCCUUAUCAAAGGAGUAAAAGCGGAGGAAGAUCAAAAUCGGGACGAUGGACCAGACCUAAAGUCGUACCAUGUCCCAGAAUCUGAGGACGAAGAUGACCGUAUCACAUCAAAAAUUAUGUCCGGUGCAUCUAUAACGUCUCGUCGUGAGGCUUCCCAAAUGGAAGAGGAGCAUCAGUCACCUGUUGAGGGAGAAGGCAAGGAGGACCUACCCGAACAGCCUCCUCCGGUUGAGGCAAAACCUAAAGAGGUUCCUGUGGUGAAUGGAGGCACAGCCCACGGAGAGCCUUGUAUAUUCCCCUUCCUCUUCCAGGAUACGGAGUACUCGGACUGUACCACCGACGGACGGGAGGAUGGACGGUUGUGGUGCGCCACAACCUACAACUAUGACCUGGAUAAGAAGUGGGGCUUCUGUGAAACGGAGGAGCAGGUCCAGCAGAGACUGCUGGCUGAAGAAGCUGAGGAGCAAUAUCAGACAGUCCUGCACAUGCUCAAUGCCUCCACCAGGAAGACUCAGAAGAAAGAGUUGUAUGACAAGCUGCUGAAGGUGGCAGAGAAGGGCCACCAGAAAGCCACAGAAAAAGUGGCGUACGCCCUUCUGUUUGGAGACUACAUGAACCAAAACGUCACCAAGGCCAAAGAGAUGUUUGAGAAACUCGCGGUGGAAGGCUCCCCUAAAGCUCAGAUGGCUCUUGGCUUUCUGUAUGCAGCAGGACUCGGAGUUAACUCAAGUCAAGCAAAAGCUUUAGUUUACUACACCUUUAGUGCUUUGGGUGGAAACUUGAUAGCUCACAUGAUUCUGGGGUACAGAUACUGGGGCGGUGUGGGCGUUCCUCAGAGCUGUGAGUCGGCGCUGACGCAUUACAGACUUGUAGCAAAUCACGUGGCUAGCGACGUGUCGCUGACUGGGGGCCCAGCGGUGCAGAGGAUCAGGCUGCUGGACGAGGUGGAGAACCCGGGUUCCACCAGCGGCAUGUUGGAGGAGGACCUCAUCCAGUACUACCAGUUUCUGGCUGAGAAAGGAGACGUCCAAGCUCAGGUGGGUCUGGGGCAGCUGCACCUGCACGGAGGACGUGGAGUAGAACAGAACCACCAGAGGGCGUAUGACUACUUCAAUCAGGCUGCAAACGCCGGCAACACACUCGCCAUGGGCUUCCUUGGCAAGAUGUAUUCAGAGGGCAGCGAGUUUCUUCCUCAGGACAACGAAACGGCUCUGCAGUACUUCAAGAAGGCUUCUGAUAUGGGUAAUCCUGUGGGCCAGAGCGGCCUGGGCAUGGCCUACCUGUAUGGAAGAGGUGUCCCAGUGAACUAUGAGUUGGCUCUGAAGUACUUCCAGAAGGCAGCAGAGCAGGGCUGGGUGGAUGGACAGCUCCAGCUGGGGACAAUGUAUUACAAUGGUAUUGGCGUGAAGCGGGAUUACAAACAGGCUCUCAAAUUCUUCAACCUGGCCUCUCAGGCUGGUCACACCUUGGCUUUCUAUAACUUGGCCCAGAUGCAUGCUACCGGUACCGGUGUGAUGCGCUCCUGUCACACUGCAGUGGAGCUAUUCAAGAACGUGUGUGAGCGCGGCCGCUGGUCGGAGCGCCUGAUGACGGCUUACAGCAGCUUCAAAGAGGGCGAGACGGACGCCGCUCUGGUUCAGUACCUGCUGCUGUCGGAGCAGGGCUAUGAAGUCGCUCAGAGCAACGUCGCCUUCAUUCUGGACCAAACAGACGGAGCUAAGAUCUUCAGUGAGAACGAGACUUACCCUCGCGCUUUACUCCACUGGACAAGAGCCGCAGCACAAGGUUACACCGUGGCCAGGAUAAAGCUGGGAGAUUAUCACUUCUAUGGAUAUGGAACAGAUGUGGACUAUGAGACGGCUGUUAGUCACUACAGGCUGGCCUCGGAGCAGCAGAAUGGAGCACAGGCCAUGUUUAACUUGGGUUACAUGCAUGAGAAAGGCCUUGGUAUCAAACAGGACAUCCAUUUAGCCAAACGCUUCUACGACAUGGCGGCCGAGGCCAGUCCCGAUGCUCAGGUGCCGGUCUUCCUGGCCCUGUGUAAGCUUGGUCUGGUCUACACUCUGCAGUACCUGCAGGAUCUCAAUCUGAAUGAGAUGAUUAAACAGGUGGACCUGGACCAGCUUCUGGGUCCAGAGUGGGACCUCUACCUCAUGACUGUCAUCGCCCUGCUGCUGGGCACGGUCAUCGCCUACCGACAGCGCCAGCAUCAAAUCAUAGUGCCGCCGCGGCCGCCUGCUCCCGUUCCUGCCCCUCCUCCCAGACCAGCUCAGGAAGAGCCACAAGCCCCGGCCGAGCCUCGGGCUCAGGAGGAAACGCCAGGCCGGGGUGCGGCCCAGGAGGAAGAAGAGCAGCAGCAAUGAGGGCAGCGUAACACGGACUGGUGCCUCACUCUGCCUGCUCCCUUCUACGUUUUGGAGAACUCCCACUAGCUGCUGGACGACUCCUCCACUCAGAAAGGCGACGAAACAAAAACUUUGUUUUGGUUUUCCUGAACAACCAGUGCUGAGAGGAACCUUAUCAGCCUGUGACUCAGGACUCAGAAGCACUCUUGUUGCCACGGUGACGACAUCCAUCCUAGAUCAGAGGCAGUUUAGAACAAACGCAUUUGAAAAAUGGAAUUAGAUUUGUCUACGUCACAUCUCAUUUUGACUCAUGUCCACAGAGUUUUUCGGCUUUGCUACUAAAAACUUUCAGAUUCAGAAAAAAUGGAUCAGGCACGACUAAUGUGCUAAUUUUAUUUUCCUGCUCUGAUCUAGAUGCUAAAGAAAGUCUCCUCUGAUUGUUCGAAGGCUUUCAGUGUAGAAACGUUUGCCACGGGUGUCGAAUUAUUUUUAAAGUUCCCGUUUUGUUGGUGCUGAGCUGCGUUGCGCUCGGCUUCAGUGGCAGUGCUGCAAUAAUCCAAACGGAGCUUGUUGGACAGAAAAAACAUCACAUUUGGACUUUGCUGUUUUCCUGCUUUUAUUGGUUCCAGUUUUAGGGAAAUCACCUGAAUUCAGUCUGAACGGAACCAGUUGAAAGUUUAGGGCAACAUCUUCCGCUUCUAAAGAGACGCCCGACGCAGCGCUGCUUGUUUCGGCCUUUUCUGAGACGGUUACGAGCCAGUUGUCAGAUAUUGAAGCACUCUUAAAAAACCUCCUUUUUUAUUUCUGCUGCAGCAACGGCUUCCACCCCCUCGACAAAAGUGUAAUUUGGAGGUCUUCCCAUAGCUCAGAUGGCUGGAGCUCAUUCCCGUUCGUCUAAAACUGGUGUCUGAGAUUUAAACCUCACUUGACCUAUUUUUUACAAUUUAUUGGUGUUUUGGUUGUGAGAGCUGGGGAAAGUGACUGCUGUACAUCUGCAUGUGUCAAAUGGACUGUAAAGGCUUGGUUGUAGAAUGAGAAGCUUAUUCGCACAUCGAUUCAGACAAUUACAAUAAAAUGGGCAAAUAUGUCAUAAAAAUCACAUUUUUACUAUCACAAACACAGGUUUUUAAAUUAAUAAAUAAAUAAUUGAGUCUUGAA